AUGUUCUUCAUUGUACCAGAUCGCAAAGGCCCAGACGUCGAGUCUAUUACCGCUUCAGACACAUCGUCCUCUCCACCUCAUAACCAGAAGCGACAGCGCCUCUCGCCCAACGCCGAAGAUGUCGCUGGUUACUAUCCCAAGCGCAACCAGAAAAGUUGUGACCGAUGUCGCCUGAAAAAGGCACGCUGUUCUGGGGGAAGGAUUUGCGAGAAAUGCAAACGCGACGGCGUCAUAUGUACCACAAAUAGGGAGUCGAAGAGAGAUCCUAAUGCCAAACCGUUGAACGCAGAAUAUGUACAUCUCGUCGAAUCACAACGAGAUGCCUUGUUGAACGCCUUAAGGACUAUAUAUGAGAAAGGGGCCUCCAGUAAUUCGGCAGCAUUAUCAGAUAUAUUGAAAGAUCUCGGGAUCGGAGUCGAAGACCUCAAGAGGAUGCCCCGGCGGACAGCAUCUCAGGAGGAUACUGUUAAUCUGGAUGAGGUUGACCUACGUCGAAAUGCUGCAGAAAUUCAGGCUCUACUGAACGAGUGGAAUAUCCCCAUCACACAGCCAGAGGCUCCUCAUAACCUCUCAACAUGGUCCCAAGGCGAUAUACCCAACCCAGUCAGAGAUUUAAAUCAUGGUGCUUCAUCCGAAAGCUGCCUCCAACGUACACUUGAUACAACUUUCCCCGCUAACGUGAUGGGACCAAUAUCAGCAACAACCGCAGGACAGAUGAAUACAACAGAAGUGGCCCAUCCUACGAGCGAGUUCGACGAUUGGCUUGUCGCAGACGCGGUUGAUGAGAACUGGUUCCUGCCUGCUGCUGAUGGACAAGCAACAAACCGCCCUGGGACCUGA